AUUAAAAAUAUUUGGCAACGUCUGUCAUGUUCUCCCAUGAACCUUCAUUCUGCAGCUUGCCCAAAAUUUCCUUGACGUCACUUUCUCACUUUGCAAAAUGUUGCAGAACAAUGCGUAGGUUGUUAGCCUACGAAUUUUAAUUUAAAUUGUUGUAGUAUUUUUGAAAAAACUGUAUUUUUUGCACUGCAUUAAAUUCUAAUCAGUUCAUCAUGGCUAGUGCAAGUGGUUCUUCAAGAUCAGAGUUUAUUGUUGGUGUUAAAUAUCGAUUAGUGCGGAAAAUAGGAAGUGGUUCUUUUGGUGAUAUAUAUUUGGGAAUCAACACCACAAAUGGCGAGGAAGUGGCUGUAAAAUUGGAAUCGACUAAAGCUCGCCAUCCUCAGCUACUAUAUGAAAGUAAAUUAUACAAGAUUCUACAAGGUGGUGUUGGAAUACCUCAUAUAAGAUGGUUUGGACAAGAAAGGGACUACAAUGUACUGGUCAUGGAUCUUUUAGGGCCUAGUUUGGAAGAUUUGUUUAAUUUCUGUUCAAGAAGAUUUACUAUGAAAACAGUUUUGAUGCUGGCAGAUCAGAUGAUUGGUAGGAUUGAAUAUGUUCACAAUAAAAAUUUCAUUCAUAGAGACAUCAAACCUGACAAUUUUCUAAUGGGUAUUGGACGUCAUUGCAAUAAGCUUUUCUUGAUUGAUUUUGGAUUAGCUAAAAAAUAUAGAGACAAUAGAACUCGCCAACACAUUCCAUACCGCGAAGAUAAAAACUUAACUGGAACUGCUAGAUAUGCAAGCAUUAACGCUCACCUGGGCAUUGAGCAAAGUCGGCGAGAUGAUAUGGAGUCCCUAGGAUAUGUCCUUAUGUACUUUAAUCGUGGAAGCUUACCCUGGCAAGGUCUAAAAGCAGCAAAUAAAAAGCAGAAAUAUGAAAAAAUCAGUGAAAAGAAAAUGUCUACUAAUGUUGAGGUCUUAUGUAAGGGAUUUCCUGCCGAAUUUUCAAUGUACCUUAACUACUGCCGAGGUCUUCGCUUUGAAGAAGCACCUGACUACAUGUAUCUGCGGCAACUAUUCAGAAUAUUGUUUAGAACUCUCAACCAUCAAUAUGAUUACACAUUUGAUUGGACCAUGCUUAAACAAAAAGCAGCCGCUUCUGCAGCCGCUGCUGGUGCUACUUCCCAGGUCGUGACUGCUACGGCUGGUCGCUAACUAGGUGGCCUUCCCAGACGAAGCGCUGGGAAAUAGGAACAACCUUGAUAGCCACUACACUGGAAAUAGCAUCUUGCGAUAAAUUGUCAUUUACAUUUGGGGGAAAGGGGAUGGUCAAGCUAGAAAAUCAUGAUAACCUUGCUGUGAAAUUCUUGUCUGCUGGAUUACAUAGUAGGGCGAAGAAAGAAAAGUGUUUCAGAAUGCAGGGAACUUACCUUUACAAGGAUAUUAACCCAUCCCACCAUAAUGGAAGUUCUUUUCUGCGUUGUGAACUGCUUAUUUUUUCAUCAUUUCCCCCAGUUAAUUCAUCAUCACUGCAUGUAAAAAAAAAAUUAAAGCGAGAUGUAAGCAUUGUCUUUUCUUUUAUGUGUGUAUGUGUGUGAUCAUACUCGCUUCAAUCCCAACUUCACCAUUGAUCUAUAUGAUCAUCAUAAUUUCAUCAUCAUUUGUGCAUGUGCGUGAGAGAUUUAAUAAACAAGAAAAUAUUAAAAAAAAAGAUCAUUUAAUCAUUCUUUUAAAUAAAAAAAAUGUUGGUGUUGAGUUUUGGCUGGAUUGUAUUUUCAAGGUUCUUUAUGUGCUUACCUCCAGUUAAUCUGAUCUCGAAUGUAUAAAAUAAGAAAGUAAACUUCGGCAAGGAAAAAAAAAAUAUCUAUGCAGCGCUGUCACUUUAGCUGUAUAGAACCUUCAGCAAAGUGAACUCACCCAUUUCAUGUUGUGUUUCUUUUAACUAUUGGACUCUUACAUGUUCUGCUUUUGUUUUCUUUUUAUUUCUUCAUAAAAAAUACAAACAAAUAAUGGUACCUUAUUUUUUGUGUGUAAUCUGCUUUAUGAUUGAUUCCUUUAUUAACCUUUAGCAAAUGAGUCAUUUUUAUUUCAUGUAUUUGCUGGAGUUUAUACAUUUGUGAAUGAGCAGAUGUAUCGUCCCUACCCAUAUAUAACUGCCACAUAAUGUUCAUAUAGUUGAAGGGAUUAAUGAAUUAUAUGUAUGUUAUAAACAAUUGAUGAACUUUAAGGUAGGAAUGUAGUAUGUGAAUAAGUGCUUUUUUUUAACACAUUUAAAACUGUUGGCUGUAAUUUUCAUUUUAUGUGAUGUAUAGUCAACCAUUUGUAAAAUUGACAACCUUAUAUGAUUUCUUUAUUCUAAUUUAUGCAAUAAAGUUCAAAAUUAUAGUCA